AUGGGAGCGGAAUCUACAUACAUUAUCUGUGUCAGUUACAGAUAUAAACAGAUGUCUGGGGCAAUAAAGGACCAUAAAAGCCUUCUGAACGAGAAGUUUCAGUGCUUGACUGAGGGAAUCUCCAAGCAGGGAAACCCCACACUCCUCAAUGAGAUCUACACAGAGGUCUACAUCACAGAGGGGGGCAGUGGAGAGGUCAAUGAUGAACACGAGGUCAGACAGAUUGAGGCAGCAUCCAAGAGAUCAGCUAUGUAUGACAAACCAAUCAAAUGCAAUGACAUCUUUAAACCCUUACCUGGACAAGAGAAGGACAUUAGAACUGUGAUGACAAAGGGAGUGGCUGGCAUUGGGAAAACAGUCUCUGUGCAGAAGUUCAUUCUGGACUGGGCUGAAGGAAAAGCCAAUCAGGAUGUCCAUUACAUAUUUCCUCUUUCUUUCCGUGAGCUCAACUUAGUGAAGGAGAAAAAUCUUAGUUUAGUGGGUCUGAUUAUACGAUUCUUUGGUGACAUGCAUGAUUUCAGCAUUUUCACUGAUGACACAUGCAAAGUACUAUUCAUCUUCGAUGGUCUCGAUGAGUGUCGGAUUCCUCUGAAUUUCCACUCCAACCAAAAGUGUUGUGAUGUAACAGAAGCAACCACAGUGUCUGCUUUGCUGACAAACCUCAUCAAGGGGAAUCUGCUGCCCUCUGCUCUCCUGUGGAUUACCUCCAGACCAGCAGCAGCCAAUCAGAUCCCUCCUGAGUGUGUGGACCAGGUGACAGAGGUACAGGGGUUCAAUGACCCCCAGAAGGAAGAGUACUUCAGGAAGAGAGUCAGUGAUGAGGAGCUGGCUAACAGAACCAUCAGCCACCUGAAGUCAUCCAGGAGCCUCUUCAUCAUGUGCCACAUUCCUGUCUUCUGCUGGAUUGCAGCCACUGUGCUAGAGAUAAUGUUGGGGGAAAUAAACACAGGAGAGAUCCCCAAGACUCUGACUCAAAUGUACACAUGCUUCCUGAUGAUUCAGACAAAACUCAAAGAGAAGUACACAAACAGAGAGGAGACGGAUGAAAAGAUGCUUUUUAAACUGGGGAAACUUGCUUUUCGGCAGCUGCAGAAGGGCAACCUGAUCUUCUAUGAGGAGGACCUGAGAGAGUGCGGCAUUGACAUCUCAGAAGCAUCAGUGUACUCAGGAGUGUGUACCCAGAUCUUCAGAGAGGAAGCCGGGCUGUACCAGGGGAAUGUGUUCUGCUUUGUGCAUCUCAGCAUUCAGGAGCAUCUUGCUGCCCUUUAUGUGCACCUCACUCUCAUCAUACAGAAAGAAAAUGUUCUAAACUCAGCAACCCCAAGACCAGCCUUCAUAUCUAAGCUUGCUCAUUUCUUCCGGCCUGUGCCUGUCUAUGAGCUGCACAAGAGAGCAGUAGAUCUGGCAUUACAGAGUGAUAACGGACAUCUGGACCUUUUCCUCCGCUUCCUAUUGGGCCUUUCACUAAAGUCCAAUCAGAAGCUCUUGAGAACUCUGCUGCCACAGGCAAUCAUCCAAUCACAGAGCACAGAUGAAACUGUCCAGUAUAUCAAGCAGACGAUCAGAGAGAAUCUCUCCACAGACAAAUGCAUGAAUCUUUUCCACUGUCUCAAUGAGCUGAAUGACCAGUCCCUAGUGGAGGAAAUCCAAAGCUACCUGAAUACCUCAGGAGGUCUAAAGGGAGCCAGACUCUCCCCUGCACAGUGGUCAGCUGUGGUGUUUGUGCUGCUGACCUCAGAUCAGCAGCUGGAUGAGUUUGACCUGCAGAAAUAUGGCGGAUCAGAGGAAUGUCUGCUGAGGCUGAUGCCUGUGGUCAAGGCCUCCAGAUCAGCACAGCUGCGUGACUGUAAGCUGACAACGAAAAGCUGUUCCUCUCUGGCUGCAGCCCUCAGCUCAGGCUCAAGUCUCAGACAGCUGAACCUGCAUGAGAAUAAUCUGCAGGACUCUGGAGUGGCACUUCUUAGUGCUGCAUUAGGAAAUCCACUCUGUCAACUGGAGACACUAAAGCUGUGGGAUUGUAAGCUGACAGGGAAAAGCUGCUCCUCUCUGGCUGCAGCCCUCAGCACAGGCUCAAGUCUCAGACAGCUGCACCUGAGGGGCAAUAAUCUGCAGGACUCUGGAGUGGCACUUCUUAGUGCUGCAUUAGGAAAUCCACUCUGUCAACUGGAGACACUAGAUCUGCGUGGCUGUAAGCUGACAGGGAAAAGCUGUUCCUCUCUGGCUGCAGCCCUCAGCUCAGGAUCAAGUCUCAGGCAGCUGGACCUGAGUAGGAACUAUAAUCUGCAGGACUCUGGAGUGGCACUUCUUAGUUUUGCAUUAAGAAAUCCACUCUGUCAACUGGAGACACUAACGCUGCAGUACUGUAAGCUGACAGGGAAAAGCUGCUCCUCUCUGGCUGCAGCCCUCAGCUCAGGCUCAAGUCUCAGACAGCUGCACCUGAAUGAGAAUAGUCUGCAGGACUCUGGAGUGGCACUUCUUAGUGCUGCAUUAGGAAAUCCACUCUGCAAACUGGAGACACUAGAGCUGUGGGGCUGUAACCUGACAGGGAAAAGCUGCUCCUCUCUGGCUGCAGCCCUCAGCUCAGGCUCA